AUGGCUGAUAAAGACGCACCAACCGAUAGCAGUAGCCCUAGCGAGAGCAACGUGCAUUCAGAAGAAAACGAGCACGAAAUAUCAAUCAACGCCUUAGCAAAAAAAGUUCAAGAGUCCCUUUCUCUCUCUAAACGCCACAAAUUCUGGGAAACUCAGCCCGUGGGCCAGUUCAAGGAUCUUGGGGACUCGAGCCUUCCCGAGGGCCCCAUCGAGCCUCCCACCCCACUGCAUGAAGUCAAACAGGAGCCUUACAACCUCCCGGCCCCUUAUGAGUGGAUCACAUGCGACAUAGACUCCGAGGAGGUCUGCAGCGAGGUUUACACCUUGUUGACCAACAACUAUGUUGAGGACGAUGAAAACAUGUUCAGAUUCAACUACUCUAAAGAAUUCCUUCGGUGGGCCCUACGCCCCCCGGGCUACUUCAAGAGCUGGCACAUUGGGGUUCGUGUCAAGUCCUCGAAAAAGCUAGUCGCUUUCAUAACCGGGAUUCCUGCAAGAAUCCGUGUACGCGAAACAGUUGUUCUGAUGGCCGAAGUGAAUUUCCUUUGUGUCCACAAGAAGCUCCGCUCGAAAAGGCUGGCUCCUGUUAUGAUCAAGGAGGUCACUCGUAGGGUACACCUGGAGAACAUCUGGCAGGCUGCUUACACUGCUGGCGUUGUGCUCCCCACGCCCAUCACAACCUGUCAGUACUGGCACAGGUCUCUCAACCCGAAAAAGCUAAUCGAUGUGGGUUUCUCCAGGCUUGGGGCCCGGAUGACCAUGAGCCGCACGAUCAAGCUGUACAAGCUGCCUGAUCAGACAGUGACUCCCGGGUUCAGGAAAAUGGAGCCCCACGAUGUGCCAGCUGUGACCCGUUUGCUGCGCAACUACUUGAAGCAGUUUGCUGUGGCACCUGAUUUCGAUGAGAAUGAUGUCGAGCAUUGGUUGCUGCCCAAGGAAGAUGUUGUGGAUAGUUUUCUGGUCGAGAGCCCAGAAAGUCAUCAGAUCACCGAUUUUGUCAGUUUCUACACUCUUCCGUCGUCUAUACUCGGCAGCCCAAACCACUCGAUUCUCAAGGCAGCUUAUUCGUAUUAUAAUGUCUCUACCAAGACUCCUCUGCUUCAGCUGAUGAACGAUGCCCUCAUUGUUGCCAAGAAGAAGGAUUUCGAUGUUUUUAAUGCUUUGGACGUGAUGCACAAUGAGAGCUUCUUGAAGGAGCUCAAGUUCGGGCCAGGGGAUGGGAAGCUCCACUACUAUCUGUACAACUAUAGGCUCAAGCAUGUCCUCAAGGCAUCCGAGCUCGGGCUUGUGCUCUUGUAG